GGGUAUCUGUACUCCAACGGCUUUCGCUUCCAACAAAGUUGAGAAGAGAGAAAGCAAGUACUGUUCUACUGAACCUACUUGUGUGUAUGAGGCUCAUAAAAUGGGUAGUAAAUAUCCAGAAACAGGCUUUCUCUGAUUCAACUUUUUAUUAUUCAGGUCAUCAAAUUAAAAUACUAACUACAUGGUAUUUCAUUAUGAGACUCGAAAUCUUGCCUUGACUAUCGCAUUUCUACCUUGCCCGUCCACCCACGUCCUUCACAGUUGAAAUUCCCAAUACCGCGCGCUCUUGCGGCAAUUGUGUGCGAGCCUAAAUAGCAACAUUCGGCACUGCCAGUUUGUCUCUCUUUGCCUAUUUCCCUACGGCAGCCAUAGCAUUGACUGCUGUGUCGCUCUACUGUUCUAGGGUGACGAGAGAGGAGUUGGGUGUGUAGGAGAGACUCGCGCGAUUAGCUGUUGUUAGCAUGCGACGCUCGCAAGCUCUCUAGCCAUAAGUUUCGUUGCCCCCCAAACGCCACCAUGACGCAAGCUCCCCCACGAAGAUCACGCAUUGAGAUACCUCUCCCCUCGAAACCUCGAGAUUAUCGACCCGGCGACGGGCCUCCUCUCGCGCCCAUCCGCGUGAAUCUCGAACACGACACUGACGCGUUUAUAAUCGAGAAACGCGUCCUCCCGGGCAAACCUAUCAAUGGCGACCUGAAGCUAGAGCUCUACUACAUUGUAGGCUGGCCUAACUUGCCCAACGCCCGCGUCGCCAUCCUGGCCACCAAGAUACUCGAUUACGUAUCACCUUGGACAUUAGAGGAUUGGGAAUACGAACAAUCUUUAGAGAGAGACAAGGAAGAGGAGGAACGUUCAGCAGCCGAAAAGAGAAAACAAGAAGAGCGCGCUAAGGCUCUUGCAGCUUCUACACCAGGCACGGGUACCUCUACACCCGCCACACCCGGGCAAAAGAAACGAGGGCGGCCGAGCAAGGCGGAAAUGCGUGCCCGCCAGCUCGCACAGCAAGCAAGCUUUGGCAAAGAAGAUUUGGCAAAUGUGCCGUUACCACCCACCAAGCCAACAGGACCAUCACUGUCAACUCCUAAAAAAAAGCUAGCACAAGUGUCGACGGAUUUAGAGGAUUUGGAAGAAACAGACAUGAAUGAAGCUAUACUCCGACAGCUCAAGGGUGGUGAUGAGGAUGACCGCAGUUCCGAGUCUACUGAAGAUCUCAGUAGUAGACCAGACACGUUAGGAAACGGAAAUGGCUCCUCACUCGAAGCCUUUCCACCUGGCCCUUCAUCUCGAGGGCAUGCUGAAUUGUUCGUCCCCAACCUACUAUCGUCAGCCCCAGAUGAAAUUUCUCGAUCUGUUUCCCCGGUUCCCCUUGCCCGCAGGAAAUGGACACCACUAAAUGCGAAACCUAAGCUCACCACUCAUGUGCCAGUCCCGACGUAUCCUAAACCCUCACGAAUGAAGAAGCCACCAGUAGCGGUGGGUAAGACCAUCACUCCUGUACCAGCACCUUCAUACCCAAAUCCAAAGCCGAAAGCACCCAAACGGAAACAUAUUCCAACUGUCACUCCUGUACCAGUACCUUCUUACCCAAAUCCAAAGCCGAAAGCACCCAAACAGAAACACAUUCCAACUGUCACUCCUGUCCCGACCCCACAUUGUCCUGUUCCUAAGCCGAAAGAACCAGAAGAGGUAGCAUUCUCACGGGUAGUCCCUCCGAAGCCCCCGCAUGCAAUCGAGGUAGUUAACUUACAAUGGGUUUACAAACGGACUCAUGGUCCUCCAGGCCCAGUAAUGGCUUAUGAUAUGGCUAUAGCAUUGAAUGACUUCAAUGUAGUGCGUCCCGCUGAUCAUGACCAUCGGUGUUGGUCUACCACGGCCGAUAUCGGGAUCGAGAAUGAUAAACCCGAUGAACUUGAUGAACUUGAUGACCUGGCCCAUACAUCUUCGAAAAAGGAAGCAACGCCAGUUGCUAAACCUAAAAGUUCUCGCAAGAGAAAAGCACAGCCGGAAGAAGAAUGGGAAGUAGAGUGCUUGGAAGACUCCAAACUAUCUGCAAUCGAUGGUGUACUGGUCCGUCACUACCUAGUCCGCUGGGCGGGCGACUGGCCAGCGGACCAGAAUCCAACAUGGGAGCAUGAGGACAACAUUCCACCUGCCUUGAUAAGAGAGUACUUUGGACGUAAGGAGAGGGAGAGGGCACCUUGGAACGGUGUAAUUCUUGAACCACUCGAUAGACCACUAAUCUAUGGAAGUAAAUCAGAUGGACAAGCAUCAGAUGUGCGUCCAUCAAAGGGACACGCAUCAAAGGAACGAGCGUCGAAGGGACAUGCGUCAAAGAGACGGUUCACAGCUUUUAAGGGAAUGUAUUCGAAUGUUGCCGAAGCCUUCGAGGGCGACGCGAGUGGAGGACUGGGUAGCAGCUCUUUGGAAGACCAGCGAGCCCAGGAUGGAGAAGAUGACGCAGAAGAAUACUUGCAGGUGACAGAGCAAAACCAGAUGACUAGGCCAAUGCACAAGCUUCGGGCUGAUGCCUCACUGCUGCGAGAGCUUACAGACUCUAUUCUACUGUAAUUAUACUAUGGUGGAGCUAGCAAAGGAUCACACUCACAGCUUCACAUGGUGAUCAUGAGACACGAGGAAAAUCCGUCCCUUGGUGGGUUGGCAAGGAAGAAAUGACGGUUUGCGUAUAUACUUGAGCAUGAACUUAUGGCCUUCCAGCUUGUAAAUAUCCCUCCGCUCGCGCUGGGUAUUGCGAACACCAGAGCUGGUUAGAUGCGCUAGAAUUAGCUCGUUAGUCAGAAAAGAAAAGAAAAAAA